AUGCUUGUCAUUGUCACUAUUGGAGUUGCUCAUGUGUUCAUACCCGAAAACCCAGUGUCCCUGGAAUACCCUAAUAGAUGCCCAUACACAGCAAGCCUUCUUCAACCUUAUCACCAUGUCCAACUCACUCCCACUGUAAACAAUCUCUAUGACCCUACCAAUGCCCUCAAUGACAUCCCAGGUCUUCACUGGGCCCUCCAUGAGUUCCUUCAAUCUCACAUGCACAAAAGCGAUUCUGCAAGCAAAGCAAUCCUGAAAAACAGAGGCUGUACUUGCUUGGUUCAAUGUGUGAAGGGUCUAAUGUCUUUUGAAGAUAAGGAUCUCCUGGCUGCUAUCAACCACACCAAGCAUGGUAUUGCUGUUGCUUCUGCACAUUGCAAAUGCCCUAACAGCUUCGCAGGUAGUCUUGCAGACCCAGUGAAAAUCGUUCAGUGA